UUUUAUUUCUCACUUUACUCUCCAAAAUGCAAAAAAAAUCUAGAAAUGUCUUCUUCUCUCUUCACCCUUCAUCUUCUAUUUUUCUCUCACAUUUUAGCUCAACCAUUACUGUAACAAGACAACAUUAAGCAUCAACAACGUUUUUGAUUUUACAGUGUUUAUAAUUGCUGCGGCUUUUUUCAGUUUCCACAGUUGAAUCAUGGCUUUUGAGGCUUCUGAUGAUGGGAGGGAACCAGUUCCUAUGUUACCAAGCUUUUCCCGGGUUUCGAGUUUGGAAAAAUGUAGUAGUAGUGUUGUUAAGAAGAGAGAUUUUGAGUUUCAUGACAACAAUUCAUUGCAUCUUUCUGUUAAGAAAUCAAAGGUGUCACCAUAUCAUGAUCAUGACAAAGAUGGAGAUAAUAUUUCAUUGUCGAAGAAAUUAAGAGAUAAAUCAUUUUCCUCGCUGAAGAAAGAGCUUACGCUGCUAGAAGAAUUAUUUAAGGAAUGCAAAAGGAAGCAGAAAGUUGAAGAGAAAAGAUUGCAGUCCAUAAAGAGAGAUACUGAAGAGUGCUGCAAAGAGCUUCAAAAUAAGAAGAACCAAGUUAGUGUUGUUAGAAGAAUUGAUGAAGCUCGCAAGGAAGUGCAGGAAAAAAUUGAUGAUUGUAUCAAUGAGUUUGUAGUAAAGAAAGGGCAACUCUUUUUGUUGGAAAACUUGAUUGGAGAACGCAAGCUAGAGCUCAAGGUGAAAGAGAUAGAACUUAAUCAAGUCAUUGAUAACAUUGAUAAGGACCGUGAAAGGAAGGAAGCGGAACUCAAGGCUCUUUCCCAACAAAUUGCUGAAUUUACUUUGGAAUUUAAGGCCAAACAGAAAGAGCUUGGUGCAGUGAACAAAUUAAUUGGUGAACAGGCGGAAAAGUUAGAAUCUGGAAGGAAGAAGGCGCUAAAUAUAAUAUCAGAAAUGAAGAAUAGUAUUGCUCAAGUGAAGGAAUUUGAAUCAAAGCAGAAGCGAUUUGAUGAUCGGGUUAAGGAAAUCGAGUCAAAAGAGAAGCAGUGUGAAGAACGGGCACAGAAGCUGGAUUCGAGAGAGAAGCAGCUUGAAGGCCGUUUGAAGGAAUUUGAAUCAAAGGAGAAGGAAUUUGAAGGUCAUAUGAAUGAGCUUGAAUCAGAAAAGAAGCAUUUCAAAAAUUGGGUGAAGGAGUUCGAUGCAAAAAAGAAGCAAGUUGAAGGACAGGCAAUGGAGCUAGAGUUAAAAGAGAUGCAACAUGAAGGUCGGGUGAAGAAGUUUGAAUCAAAAGAGGAGGAAUUUGAAUGCCAAAUGACGGACUCGGUAUCAAAACAGGAGCAUUUCGAAAACCGGAUGAAGGAUCUUGAAUUAAAAGAGAAAAAAUUUGAAGAUCGGGUGAAGGAGUUGGAAUUUCAAAAGAAGCACAUUGAAAGCCAAAUGAAGGAGCUUGAGUCAAACGAGAUGCAACAUGAAGGUCGGGUGAAGAAGUUUGAAUCAAAAGAGACGGAAUUGGAAGGCCGAGUGCAGGAGCUGGAAUCUAAAAGGAAGCAUAUAGUAGGCAUGAGGAAGGAGCUAAAAUUAACUGUGAGGCCAUUGAUAGGACAAGUUAAGGAAUUUUACUCUAAAGAGAAGCAACUUGAUAGCCAACUGAAGGAGCUGGAAUCUAAAAAGAAGCUAUUUGAAUGCCAAGUGAAGGAGUUUGAGUCAAAAGAGAAGCAUCAUGAAGUCCAAGUGAAGGAGCGUGAAUCAAAAGAGAGAGAAUUCGAAGGCCAAGUGAAGGAACUUGAAUCUAGAAAGAAGCAUUUUAAAAGUCAAGUGGAGGAGUUCAAAUCAAAAGAGAAGCAAUUAGAAGGACGAUGGAGUGAACUUGAGUCAAAAGAGAAUAAGUUCAAAGCAAAGGUGAAGGAGCUCAACUUAAAAGAAAAGCAGUUUGAAGGACUAGUCAAGGAUCCUGCGUCAAGGAAAAAGUAUAUUGAUGAGGAAAAAGAAUCAGUUGAAUCUUACAUGGACGAUCAAUCAAGCCGUGCCUUUGGUGGAAGAAGUUUGCAGUUGGACACAAGUGAGAAAACUGAUGGAGUUGAGUCACUUUUCAACAGUAUUUUAGUUAAUCUGCAAGAAUCAUCAGAUCCAUCAAAACUUGUUUUGGAAAUGAUACUGAACCCCAUCAUUCCACAGUGGGAAAAGGGAGAUAAUGCUGUGGUUAUUGUUGAUUACCAAAUCUAUCUGCUGGAACAACUGAUGAGAAUCUCACCAGAUAUUAAACCUUGUGUGAGAAAAGAAGCAUUGAAGCUAGCAUUUGAUUUGAAAGCUAACAUGAAUGACAAUACUGAAAAUUCUUUGGCGGUUCUUGGCUUUCUGCUGCUUUUGUCAAUUUAUAAAUUGCUUGAUUCUUUUGAUGAAGAUGAAGUUUUGGAGCUUUUUGCAUUUGUUGCUCUGAACAAUAUUGCGGUGGAGCUGUUUGGAAGCCUGGGUUUUGCAAACAGAGUUUCUGAUUUUGUUAAGCAUCUUAUCAACAGGAAGCAAAUUGUUGCAGCUGUUAGAUUCAGUUGUGCAUAUAACUUGGAUGACAAGGAUCAUUUAGUUGAUAUGUUGCGAGAACACGUCCAGAAUGUCAAACUGAUUUGUGAAAGCAGUUGCAAGAAAACCAAUUCCAUUGAAAUCAAGGAUAAGGCCAGAGAUCAAGAAAUUGCUAGUCUUGGGACUGUUCUACAAUGCAUUUCAGACAACAACCUUGAAUCUACGGGUCAACUUCAUAAGGAGAUUGACUAUCGCAUUCUUGAGCUAAAAGCACAUAAAGGCAAUUAGUUUUUGGACUGAAACGUGCUCUCAUUGUUAGAUAUUUGAGGGAAAUUGUUUAAUAUCAUUUUCAAUCCAUUGAUGUGUGCCUUAUAAUGUCACAUAUAUGCAUGUUUGAAAUUCUUUUUGUUAGGGGAUUGGGUUGGGAGAGUAUGAAUGGAAGGAAUAUGAUUAUGUUUUAUUUUGAACGAACACGCUGAAGUAAAUUGAGGAUUGAACAUAAAUAUGGUUGAUAACAAUACAUUUUUACAGUU